AGCUAAGUUCAGCAUGCUCAAAAGGAAACAGAGCUCCAGGGUGGAGGCCCAGCCGGUGACUGACUUUGGUCCCGAUGAAUCUCUGUCGGACAACGCUGACAUACUCUGGAUUAACAAGCCAUGGGUUCACUCUCUGCUGCGCAUCUGUGCCAUCAUCAGCGUCAUUUCUGUCUGUAUGAACACGCCCAUGACCUUCGAGCACUACCCGCCUCUUCAGUAUGUGACCUUCACUCUGGAUACUUUAUUGAUGUUUCUCUACACGGCAGAGAUGAUAGCAAAAAUGCACAUCCGGGGUAUCGUCAAGGGGGACAGUUCCUAUGUGAAAGAUCGCUGGUGUGUUUUUGAUGGAUUUAUGGUCUUUUGCCUCUGGGUUUCAUUGGUGUUACAGGUAUUUGAAAUUGCUGAUAUUGUUGAUCAGAUGUCACCUUGGGGCAUGUUACGAAUCCCACGGCCACUAAUUAUGAUCCGAGCAUUCCGGAUUUAUUUCCGAUUUGAACUACCAAGGACCAGAAUUACAAAUAUUUUAAAGCGAUCAGGAGAACAAAUAUGGAGUGUUUCAAUUUUCCUACUUUUCUUUCUACUUCUUUAUGGAAUUUUAGGAGUUCAGAUGUUUGGAACGUUUACGUAUCACUGUGUAGUAAAUGACACGAAACCAGGAAAUGUAACCUGGAAUAGUUUAGCUAUCCCAGAUACACAUUGCUCACCGGAGCUGGAAGAAGGCUACCAGUGCCCCCCAGGAUUUAAAUGCAUGGACCUCGAAGAUCUGGGACUUAGCAGGCAAGAGCUGGGCUACAGUGGCUUUAAUGAGAUAGGCACCAGCAUAUUCACAGUCUAUGAGGCCGCCUCCCAGGAAGGCUGGGUGUUCCUCAUGUACAGAGCCAUCGACAGCUUUCCCCGCUGGCGUUCCUACUUCUAUUUCAUCACUCUCAUAUUCUUCCUUGCCUGGCUCGUUAAGAAUGUGUUUAUCGCUGUCAUCAUUGAAACAUUUGCAGAAAUCAGGGUACAAUUCCAACAAAUGUGGGGGUCGAGAAGCAGCACUACUUCAACAGCCACCACCCAGAUGUUUCACGAAGACGCUGCUGGCGGAUGGCAGCUGGUGGCUGUGGAUGUCAACAAGCCCCAGGGACGUGCUCCAGCCUGCCUCCAGCAAAUGAUGCGCUCGUCAGUUUUCCACAUGUUCAUCCUGAGCAUGGUGACCGUGGACGUGAUCGUCGCCGCCAGCAACUACCACAAGGGAGAGAGCUUCCGACGCCAAUAUGACGAGUUCUAUCUUGCAGAGGUGGCUUUUACGGUACUUUUUGAUUUGGAAGCACUUCUGAAGAUAUGGUGUUUGGGGUUUACCGGCUAUAUUAGCUCAUCUCUCCACAAAUUCGAGCUACUACUCGUAAUUGGAACUACUCUUCAUGUGUAUCCAGAUCUUUAUCAUUCUCAAUUCACCUACUUUCAGGUUCUUCGAGUAGUUCGGCUUAUUAAGAUUUCACCUGCGUUAGAGGACUUUGUGUACAAGAUAUUUGGUCCUGGAAAAAAGCUUGGGAGUUUGGUUGUAUUUACAGCCAGCCUCUUGAUUGUUAUGUCAGCAAUUAGUCUGCAGAUGUUCUGCUUUGUCGAAGAACUGGACAGAUUUACAACAUUUCCAAGGGCAUUUAUGUCCAUGUUCCAGAUCCUUACCCAGGAAGGAUGGGUAGACGUCAUGGACCAAACUCUAAAUGCUGUGGGACACAUGUGGGCACCUGUGGUUGCCAUCUAUUUCAUUCUCUAUCAUCUCUUUGCCACGCUGAUCCUCCUGAGUUUGUUUGUCGCUGUUAUUUUGGACAACUUAGAACUUGAUGAAGAUCUAAAGAAGCUUAAACAGCUAAAGCAAAGUGAAGCAAAUGCGGACACCAAAGAAAAGCUCCCUUUGCGCCUUCGAAUCUUUGAAAAAUUUCCUAACAGACCGCAAAUGGUGAAAAUCUCAAAGCUUCCUUCCGAUUUUACAGUUCCUAAAAUCAGGGAGAGUUUUAUGAAGCAGUUUAUCGACCGCCAGCAACAGGACACUUGCUGCCUCUUACGAAGCUUGCCGUCGGCCUCGUCCUCGUCGUGCGAUCACUCCAAACGGUCUGCCAUUGAAGACAACAAAUACAUUGACCAAAAACUUCGCAGGUCUGUUUUCAGCAUCAGAGCAAGGAACCUUCUGGAAAAGGAGACUGCAGUCACUAAAAUCUUAAGAGCUUGCACUCGACAGCGCAUGCUGAGCGGAUCAUUUGAGGGGCAGCCGGCAAAGGAAAGGUCAAUUCUCAGUGUGCAGCAUCAUAUCCGCCAGGAGCGCAGAUCAUUAAGACACGGAUCAAACAGCCAACGGAUCAGCAGGGGGAAAUCUCUUGAAACUCUGACUCAAGAUCAUUCCAAUACAGUGAGGUAUAGAAAUGCACAAAGAGAAGACAGUGAAAUAAAGAUGAUCCAGGAAAAAAAGGAACAAGCAGAAAUGAAGAGGAAAGUGCAAGAAGAAGAGCUGAGAGAGAACCACCCGUACUUCGAUAAACCGCUGUUCAUAGUCGGCCGGGAACACAGGUUCAGAAACUUCUGCCGGGUGGUGGUCCGGGCACGUUUCAACGCAUCUAAAACAGAUCCUGUCACAGGAGCUGUGAAAAAUACAAAGUACCAUCAACUUUAUGAUUUGCUGGGAUUGGUGACUUACCUGGACUGGGUCAUGAUCAUCGUCACCAUCUGCUCCUGCAUUUCCAUGAUGUUUGAAUCCCCCUUUCGAAGAGUCAUGCAUGCGCCUACUUUGCAGAUUGCUGAGUAUGUGUUUGUGAUAUUCAUGAGCAUUGAGCUGAAUCUGAAGAUUAUGGCAGAUGGCUUAUUUUUCACUCCCACUGCUGUCAUCAGGGACUUCGGUGGAGUAAUGGACAUAUUUAUAUAUCUUGUGAGCUUGAUAUUUCUUUGUUGGAUGCCUCAAAAUGUGCCUGCGGAAUCAGGAGCUCAGCUCCUAAUGGUUCUUCGUUGCCUGAGACCUCUGCGGAUAUUCAAACUGGUGCCCCAGAUGAGGAAAGUUGUUCGAGAACUUUUCAGUGGCUUCAAGGAAAUUUUUUUGGUCUCCAUUCUUUUGCUGACUUUAAUGCUUGUUUUUGCAAGCUUUGGAGUUCAGCUUUUUGCUGGAAAACUGGCAAAGUGCAAUGAUCCCAACAUUAUUAGAAGGGAAGAUUGUAAUGGGAUAUUCAGAAUUAAUGUAAGUGUGUCCAAGAACUUAAAUUUAAAAUUAAGACCUGGAGAGAAAAAACCUGGAUUCUGGGUGCCACGUGUUUGGGCGAAUCCUCGAAACUUUAAUUUUGACAAUGUGGGAAAUGCUAUGCUGGCAUUGUUUGAAGUUCUCUCCUUGAAAGGCUGGGUGGAAGUGAGGGAUGUUAUUAUUCAUCGUGUGGGGCCGAUGCAUGGAAUCUAUAUUCAUGUUUUUGUAUUCCUGGGUUGCAUGAUUGGACUGACCCUUUUUGUUGGAGUAGUUAUUGCUAAUUUCAAUGAAAACAAGGGGACAGCUCUGCUGACUGUAGAUCAGAGAAGAUGGGAAGAUCUGAAGAGCCGACUGAAGAUAGCACAGCCUCUUCAUCUCCCACCUCGCCCGGAUAAUGAUGGCUUUAGAGCUAAGAUGUAUGACAUAACCCAGCAUCCAUUUUUUAAGAGGACAAUUGCAUUACUCGUCCUGGCCCAGUCGGUGCUGCUCUCCGUCAAGUGGGACGUUGAGGACCCCGUGACCGUUCCUUUGGCAACAAUGUCGGUCGUUUUCACCUUCAUCUUUGUUCUAGAGGUUACAAUGAAGAUCAUAGCAAUGUCGCCUGCUGGCUUCUGGCAGAGCAGAAGGAAUCGAUACGAUCUGCUGGUGACGUCACUUGGCGUUGUCUGGGUGGUACUUCACUUUGCCCUCCUGAAUGCUUACACCUACAUGAUGGGCGCGUGUGUGAUUGUCUUCAGGUUUUUCUCCAUCUGUGGAAAGCAUGUAACACUAAAGAUGCUCCUCCUGACAGUGGUCGUCAGCAUGUAUAAAAGCUUCUUUAUCAUAGUAGGAAUGUUCCUAUUGCUGCUGUGUUAUGCUUUUGCUGGGGUGGUUUUAUUUGGUACUGUGAAAUAUGGAGAGAACAUUAAUAGGCAUGCAAACUUUUCUUCAGCUGGCAAAGCUAUUACCGUCCUGUUCCGAAUUGUCACCGGCGAAGACUGGAACAAGAUUAUGCACGACUGUAUGGUCCAGCCUCCCUUUUGUACUCCAGAUGAAUUUACAUACUGGGCAACAGACUGCGGAAAUUAUGCCGGGGCACUUAUGUAUUUCUGUUCAUUUUAUGUCAUCAUUGCCUACAUCAUGCUAAAUCUGCUUGUAGCCAUAAUUGUGGAGAAUUUCUCCUUGUUUUAUUCCACUGAGGAGGACCAGCUUUUAAGUUACAAUGAUCUUCGCCACUUUCAAAUCAUAUGGAACAUGGUGGAUGAUAAAAGAGAGGGGGUGAUUCCGACUUUCCGCGUGAAGUUCCUGCUGCGGCUGCUGCGGGGGAGGCUGGAGGUGGACCUCGACAAAGACAAGCUCCUGUUUAAGCACAUGUGCUACGAGAUGGAGAGGCUGCACAAUGGCGGCGACGUCACUUUCCAUGACGUCCUGAGCAUGCUCUCAUACAGGUCGGUUGACAUCCGGAAGAGUUUGCAGUUGGAGGAGCUCCUUGCAAGGGAGCAGCUGGAGUACACCAUCGAGGAGGAGGUAGCCAAGCAGACCAUCCGCAUGUGGCUGAAAAAGUGCUUAAAGCGCAUCAGAGCUAAACAGCAACAGUCGUGCAGCAUCAUCCACAGCCUGAGAGAGAGCCAGCAACAGGAGCUGAGCCGGUUUCUGAAUCCUCCCAGUAUUGAGACCACCCAGCCCAGUGAGGACAUGAACGCCAACAGUCAGGAUAAUAAUAUGCAACCUGAGACAAGCAGCCAGCAGCAGCUUCUGAGUCCCACCCUGUCGGACCGAGGAGGAAGCCGGCAGGAUGCGGCAGACGCCGGGAAACCCCAGAGGAAGUUUGGGCAAUGGCGUCUGCCCUCGGCACCAAAACCAAUAAGCCAUUCAGUGUCUUCAGUCAACUUACGUUUUGGAGGGCGGACAACAAUGAAGUCUGUAGUGUGCAAAAUGAACCCCAUGACGGACGCAGCGUCCUGUGGCUCUGAAGUUAAGAAGUGGUGGACCCGGCAGCUGACCGUGGAGAGUGACGAAAGUGGAGAUGACCUUCUGGAUGUAUAGGGAGAGCUCAAUGCAAACGACAGUCUCGUGGUGAAGACUGUUUUCUAAUAUUUUCCUCCAUUGUCUAGUGAUCAAUCUGUAAUUGAUACAUAAUUUAAUUUCAACGUGUCAC